AUGGAUAAAGAGGCUGGGACAGAAACGGAGUCUGAACAACCAACUAACGAGGAGGAUAAAAUGAAAGAAACACCCACAGUGAGAGCACCUAGCCCCGUGAAAGCUUAUGUGCCACCAAUUCCCUUCCCUCAGAGGCUACAGAGAAAGAAAUUGGACAAUCAGUUUGCCAAGUUUGUGGAGAUUUACAAGAAACUGCACAUCAAUAUUCCAUUUGCAGAUGCAAUUGUCAAAAUGCCCAGCUAUGCUAAAUUCUUGAAGGAGAUUCUAUCUAAUAAAAGAAAGUUGGAAGAACAUGAGAUAGUCUGCCUGAACAAAGAAUGCAGUGCAAUUCUAUUGAAAAAGCUACCUCCUAAACUAAAAGACCCAGGGAGUUUCACGAUAUCUUGCACAAUUGGUUCUAAUUAUUUUGAACAUUCUUUAUGCAAUUUGGGUGCUAGUGUUAAUUUAAUGCCUCUCUCUGUUUACAGGUCUCUUGGAUUGGGAGAGGCAAAAUCUACAACAAUCUCAUUGCAACUGGCUGAUAGAUUAAUCAAACGACCGAAGGGGAUUAUUGAAUAUGUGCUAGUCAAAGUUGAUAAAUUCAUUUUUCCAGCUGACUUCAUCAUAUUGGACAUGGAGGAGGAUUCAAACAUCCCUCUAAUCUUAGGAAGACCCUUCUUGGCUACCAGAAGAGCGCUAAUUGAUGUUUACGAUGGAAAUAUGAUUCUUCGGGUGGACAAUGAGCAAGUCAUAUUCAACAUGUUCAAGGCGAUGAAACAUUCACUAACUUCAGACACCUGUUGUCAAGUAGAUGUUCUUGAAGAGUUGGUGGUAGAUACAUUUGAGACAGAGCAUGAAACGGCUCUUUGUGAAGCAAAAAUUGCACAAUCGGGAGCAACAAGUGCAGAAAAAAUUGGACGUGUCUUCAACUUGGCUAAGCAACCAAUAGGAAGAAGACAUUGGCAGUAUGAAUCUCUUGGUGACAACCCUUCACCCCCAGUACCUUCAAUAGAAAAUGCACCCACUCUUGAACUAAAGCCCUUGCCUUCACAUCUCCGUUAUGCAUAUUUGGGAAGAUCCUACAACACUUCCAGUAAUUAUUGCAAAUGA